GGAACAUCUCUUCUUUUCCCCUUGCUCACUCCAACAGUCAAUCAUUAACCAAAAAAAACUAUCUUUCUUUGUCAGUAAUGGCGACACCGAAUCAGGAAGCAAUCGACACCUUCAUUAGCUUCACGGGCGCAUCAGACGCCGUCGCCGUUCACAAGCUCCAGGAGUAUAGUGGUGAUCUUAAUCGAGCUCUGAAUGCAUUUUUCAGCGGCCAGGGAGAUCAAACUGCAGCCCCAGUGAACGUCCCUGUAGACGAUGCAAUGGAUAUAGAUGAUGUGAAUCCAAUGGAUAGCACUGCUAUUGAGGAUGUCGCAGAAACAAGGGUUAUUAUUGAUGAGGAGAGUGAUGUUCCUUUUGCAACUAGGCAACUUAUACCUGCUGCACCCAAUACUAAUAUUCAAGGUUACAAUGAUAUUGAAGAAGAGAUGAUUCAAGCUGCCAUUCAGGCCUCUAAAGUGGAUGUUGUUGAGGGGUUAAGUAAUCCUUUGCCUGUUGAGAGGGCGUCUUCUCACAUGGGAGAUGAUGACAUAGCAAAAGCCGUCACCGUGUCAUUGCAGUCAGCCGAGGACCAAGUGUUGCGCAAUCAAGGGUCAACAUCGGAAGUAGGAGCUUCUGGAACAGCUGCUGCUCAAGGACCUGAAGAUACACAAGCCCUAAAUGGAAGAUUGGCAGCACCUAGCUCACCAUUUGAGGAUGAGUCCGAUGACGAUGAUGAGGAACCUCUUGUUAGACACAGGCCAAUACGUGUGGCUUCUGGAUCUCUGCCUGACGCUGAUCGUUCCCUGAGCAGGAGUCCUGAUCCUGAAGGAGAUAAUCAAGCGGACAAUGGCAAUAGCUUUCCUUCUGAGUGGGGAGGCAUUUCGUCUGAAGAACAUGAUGAAGCUGUCAUGCUCGAGGCAACCAUGUUUGGUGGAAUUCCUGAAACUGGAUAUAAUCAUCUUCCAUUCGUACCUCCUCAGCACAGGGCACCACCACGUCCACCCUCACCUUCAUUGACAGCUCAGAGGUUGAUACGUGAACAGCAGGACGAUGAGUAUCUUGCAUCCCUGCAAGCUGACCGAGAUAGAGAACUACAAUCUAUUAGAGAUGCUGAGGCACGUCAGUUAGAGGAAGAAACUGCUAGAAAGGCUUUUCUGGAGGAAGAAAAGAAAAAACUCGAGGAGGAACAGGAGCUAGAGAGGCAACUAGCUGCAAAAGAAGCGUCUCUACCUAAGGAACCACAUGCAGACGUAGAGAAUACUAUUACCCUUCUAGUCAGAAUGCCAGAUGGAACGAGACAUGGCCGCCGAUUCCUUAAAUCAGACAAACUCCAAUCUCUUUUCGACUUCAUAGACAUAGCCAGGGUGGUGAAACCCAAGACUUACAGACUGGUGAGACCUUACCCUCGGCAUGCGUUUGGAGAUGGGGAAAUUGAGUCGACUCUGAACGAUCUUGGUUUGAACAGCAAACAAGAAGCAUUGUUCCUUGAGCUCAUCUGAGUCCAAACUUUUAGCUCUUAAUAUUAUAUCAGACUUGCAUUCGUUUUCCGUCUUUUAAGUUAUUUUUUAUGAUGUCAAAAAGUUAUUUUUUAUAUUUCUAUAAAAGAAAAAAUAUUAGUUGGGAGGGAUUAUAAAGUUAUCAUCCAAUCGGCG